AUGGGCUCUCUUUUCCAACUGCGGGAUUAUUGGUACAGCUCCUUCCCCGGGGAGGAGUUCAGUCCGUCGGCCAUCACGCUGGUGGACCCCGAUGUGCACAUGCUGUUCGACAAAAUUGCCAUUGGCUCUUUCCAGGGAAUGCUGCGCAUCUUGAACCCGAGUGCAGUGCAAGGUCCGAUGCUGCCGGGUGACGUGCUACUCGAGAAGAAGUACGACGAGCCCAUUCUUCAGCUUGCGUGUGGGCCCUUUCGACCGUUUCAAUCGCGAAGCUCAGCGAACUUGCUCGCCGUGUUGUUCCCCCGCUCCCUCGUCUUCUUGGAGGUGACCUCCCAGAACACCGAAAGUAAUUGCAAUAGCGAUGGCAUUACGCGCGACACCUCGAAUGGGGCGAGCAGCGGCGGGGAAAUGGGCGGGUGGGACGGCGCAGAGUCCUCCUCGAGCCCCACCGAUGCUGCACCCCGUCGCCAGCACCGCAACGGCAGCUCGGUCGAGAAGGAUCGGUCGGUGCGCGAGCUGAACACCUUCUACACCCUCACCACGCACAGCGAACUCUUCCUCGAGCACACGGCGUAUAACUUCGUCUGCGGCAACUUUGGACGGAUCGAGUACAACAUGGUCUGUGUGCAGUCCAUGGACGGCCUUCUCACCAUCGCGGUCCCCGACAGUAUUCUCUACCGCAAAUUCCUUCCCCAGAAUCAGUUUCUGCUGCCUGGACCGCUCACCUACUGCCCCUCGCGCGACGCCCUGCUCACGUGCAACAGCUCCAUGUUCCUCCUGUGCUACAGCUACACCUCCAUCGUGAUGAGCGCCAUCGGUCACGACGCACCGGCUAUGUCGUCAAGCGCUGAACUGGCGGCGCGGCGCUCGAGCAACCUUCGCCCACUCUGGGCCUUCAACCUGGGUGAAGACGCCGUGGAUAUUGCCGUGUGUCGGCUGACCAGAGGCCUGUCAAAUGAAGAGGCAGACAUCGUCGUGCUCUGCUCUACGAUCCUGUACGUGCUAAGUGAGGCGGGUGUGCUACGUACAAUUCGCCGGUUGGACGUCGAGGCGGCCUCGCUGUGCGUGUAUCCGAUGGCGGAGAUCCAUUACGACAACUUGCUGGUCGGCACCUUCAACGGACUCGUGCAGGUCUACUCGGACACUGAAUUGGUGUGGAGUGCGGCGGUGCCGAGCGAGACUGUCCCGCUGUACCUCAAUGUUGCCAUGCUGUGCGGUGUGGAGGGCAUGAUCGUUAAUCUAUCUGCCGACAGCACCUUGUCCAUCAACUACCUCGGUACCGACCCAGUAAAUCACCGCCCGCAGGUGCUGGAGAGCAAGUCGGCGUCCUACCCAGAGACCAUGAGCGACUUGAAGCAGGUGGAGCAGCUCCUCCACGACGUCGUCGACACGGCGGACGAAGACGAAAAAGUCAUCGCGACGACAGGCGCCGUCUCCACUCCCCAGAAGGAGAAACCCGCAGAGAAGAGCAGCCCUACCACCAAGUCAACUUCACCGCCAGUACCUGCAAAACUCGAGAGAAAGCUUCCUGCCGCGGAGCUCUCCAUCUCGAGCGAGUUUGGCCCGGUCAACGCCGCCGAGAACGCGGCGUUGUUUACCGUCACCCUGCAAACCUUAGACAGCGGCGUCGACGGUGUCUCGGUCGUGGUGGAGGCCGUGCCGCCGCUCCUCGUCACCCCUUCGCAGCACCUCAUUGCGGAAAUGGACGCUGGCAGCGCAACGCAGUUCGCCUUCACGGUGAGCGCGGUGCAGGACAGAAGCCUCAUCAUCCCUUCCUCCCUGGACGUCAUCGUGGUGGCCGUCUAUCGCGGUCGGCGACGGCAGUAUCAGGCGGUCCAGCACGUAGCGGUGGCGCCUCUUCCGCUCGUGGCUCGACCUGUGCCACCUGUCAAAAACACCGCAUUUAGCGUGCAAAUCAACACAGACAAGAGUCCACCGCCAUCCCUGCUGGAGCUGUUCCACGACAUGGCGGCGUACGGCACUGCCGCACCGAACGUGCUCUCUGUCCACUAUCUUAACGGUGCAGAUGCGACGGUGUUAGUGUCGAAGAACGCGGCUCGAUUUAAGCUGCAGAGCUCCACCAUGGAGGGCCUGUGGUUGCUCGCUGAUGAAGUGACGCGACGUGUGCGGCGCUACUACGCAGAGACCGGCCCGCUCUUUGAGAUGCCAGACGAGGUGCCGCUGGGCGAUUUCCUCGCGGUGGUCGACACCCACUGGGCCAUUCGAAAGGAGAUGGCCACCGCGCAGGCAGGGCUGGAUCAGGCGGCCGAUCUCUUUCGCGCGGUGGAGAAGCGGCUUCUCGCGCGGUUUCGCGACCGCAGCCCGGCUGACGCGACCGCCGUCGCCGUCCUUUUCCAGGAGAGCUACAAGCUCCUGCAGGAGAAGGCGGACGCCGUGACACGCGCCAAACAGCGACUGCGGCAGGCUUCCGCGAUGCUGAACUGCUGUGCGCAGCUGACGUGGCUGUGUAUGGAGAUGAAGGCACCGCCCAUGAGCAACGAUGACGUCGCCACGCUGCGCACGCUUUUUCGAUGCAGUAUCGGCGACAGCAACGAGGUGGGGUGGGAGGAGGUGACCGAGGCCGUGCUGGCGAAGGUGUUGGACAUCAAGACGAAGCGGGUGGCGAGCACCACGUUGGAGUUGGCGGCGAACACGGUCAAUGUCAAGGCGUACGUACGGACGCUUGUGGAGUCGAUAAAAAAUGGUCGGGGUCUUUCCGCAAGCUGA